UAGUAAUUCCGGGUCUUUUCGCGUCUAAAUCGUCAAAGCUGGCUAUGUGAAAACGCUGUUCUAUUAGCAAGGCAACAUAUACUGAAUAUGCCAGGCGCCGAUAAGGAAACUGAUUUGUCGGAGCGAACGGAAGCCUUCAUAGCAGAGCUGAAACGGGGCGGGAGUGGGACAGGACCUCUCCGUGGAUCAGGAGAAACUGCGAGAGAAACAGCAGCCUUGCUGCGAAGGAUAACAGCACAGGCACGAUGGACCAGUGCAGGCGAUCUCAUGGAGAUUAUACGCAAGGAGGGGAGAAGAAUGACAGCAGCCCAGCCAUCAGAAACCACUGUGGGGAAUAUGGUGCGUAGGGUUUUGAAAAUCAUCAGAGAGGAGUAUGCCAGGUCGGGGGGAAGCAGCGAGGAGACGGAUCAGCAGGAAUCGCUGCACAAACUCUUGACAUCUGGUGGACUGAAUGAAGAGAAUUUCAGGCAGCAUUUCCCACCGCUUAAAUCCAAUGUGAUUGAGGCUAUAAAUGAGCUCCUUACAGAGCUUGAGGGAACCACAGACAACAUCGCCAUGCAAGCUCUGGAACACAUUCAUUCCAACGAGGUCAUCAUGACCAUAGGGCGCUCUCGUACCGUGGAAGCCUUCCUUAAAGAUGCAGCUCGCAAACGAAAAUUUCAUGUCAUUGUCGCCGAAUGCGCACCCUUCUGCCAGGGCCAUGAAAUGGCGACCAGCCUUUCCAAAGCAGGCAUUGAAACAACAGUCAUCACCGAUGCUGCAAUAUUUGCUGUGAUGUCUCGGGUCAACAAGGUCAUUAUUGGCACACAGACAGUGCUGGCUAAUGGCGGACUCCGUGCAGUAAUCGGGACCCACACCUUGGCACUGGCAGCUAAGCACCACUCUACCCCACUCAUUGUCUGUGCGCCAAUGUUCAAACUCUCACCACAGUUUCCCAAUGAAGAGGACACUUUCCAUAAAUUCGUAUCCCCGCAGGAAGUGCUUCCAUUUACAGAAGGUGAGAUUCUGUCCAAGGUGAACGUGCACUGCCCUGUGUUUGACUACGUGCCUCCCGAACUCAUCACACUGUUCAUCUCUAACAUCGGAGGGAACGCUCCCUCCUACAUCUACCGUCUAAUGAGUGAACUCUACCACCCAGAAGAUCAUGAGCUGUAACCCAGUAAAUAAAUUUAAAAAACAGCAUUUAAUCCAA